UUUUAAUUUAGCCGCGUAGCGCGUGGCCGGCCGCCUUCAUACAGUUUUUUGAAAUGCAAAUAUUUAGUUAGCAUUCAUACUAUUCCAAUCAUUGUACCAAAAAUACUUUACUAAGACACAUUAUUACAGUUCUCACGACUCAUUCUAAUCAACAAUGGGCAAAGAUGAUAAAGAAGAUACAGGAUUCGGAUUCAAGGACAAGGCGAAGGCGGAGGACACGCUGCGGCUCCUGGAGGAGCACGACCUGAACUACAGGAGGCUGACAGUGAGAGGACUUCUCGGUAGAGCGAAGAGGGUUCUGUCAAUGACGAAAGCAGAAGAGAAAAUCAAAAACAUCAAAGAGGCCAUGGAGGUGUUCGAGAACUGGCUCGCGGACCUCGACAAGGAGCGAAAAGAGAAGCCCGAAAAGAAAGAGAAGAAAGAUGACAUUGAAAAAGAUGAUAAAAGCGAUAAGGAGUCAGAUGUAGAAAUGGAGGAAAAGAAAGAGAAAAAAAAGGAGCUACCCUCAGACACUGUGCCGGGCCUAGGCUUCAAGGAUAAGUCUGCCGCAGAAGGGACCCUCAAAGUGUUGGACGGGAGAGACCCGGAUUACCAGAGACUGGCCGUCAAGGGCCUUAUAGGGAGAGCCAAGCGGGUGUUGACUUGCACCCGAGAUGAGACUAAGGUAUCGAACAUCAAGGAGGCCAUAACGGUCUUCGAGAAGUUCCUCGACGACUUCGAGAGCUUGCAUCUGAGCAAAGAGAACAACCCGUACCUGAGUCUCGGCGUGGUGCGGGCCGCCGAGCAGCUGGCCGGGGAGAGCGUCACUGAGCAGCAGAAAUCGUUCAUAGCGGCCUACUCCUCCGUCAAUGGAGAAUACAAGAGGCUGAGGACCGUGGAGGAGUCGGAGGGAGGCCUCACUUGGGACAUCGUCAGGAACAACGCGCUAAAACCGCUCAAAGCCACGCAUGCUGAGGCGAAGCUGUUCAACGAAGAAGGCGAACCGACCCCGGAACAUUUAGAGUUAAUAUUGUGGGCGUACUCACCGGAGGCGGCCCGCCUCAAGAAGUGCCUUCCUGAGGCGGAAACAGAAGUUAGCAGGAAGAGAAGAAGCAGCGCGCAAGAAGAAUCUCCGGCUAAAAAGAAGAAGGAUUGAGUUUUUGUUGAAUAAAAUUUGUGUUUA